CUCCAGUUUGAGACAAAAACAGAAUUGACUUAUCAUUUCGAAAAAAAAAAAAAAAAAGAAGAAAAUGGCGAAUGAGUUUGGAUUCGGGAUGGGUUCGGUUCUGGCAGUUGUUGUCGUUGCACUCAUCUUAUUGUUCGCUCCGUUGAUGAUGGGGCCUGUGGCUCCUCCAUCUCCUCCACUCCUCUUGGUGUUCCCGGUCGUACUGCUGUUUGUGUUUCUCUAUCUCCAUUUUGCUUCUAAGUGAAAGUUUCGAUCGAUCCCUCUCUUAUGAUAAUCAUGUACUUUUUAUGCAGUAUGUAGACUGCAUUUAUCUAUGUUGUUGAUUAUACAUUUGUAGAAAAAAUAGUGUAUUCUAUCUAUGAUCUAUGAAUUAUAUGUAUA